AGUAAAUACAUGCAGAACGAACAGCUAAACGAAUUUACUCCGGCAGAGCAUAUUCAUCAGAUUCGCUCAUAUUUCGAUAUCAUAGACAAUGCAGUUCAAAUUGGUGACACUAAUAGAAAAUAUUCUGACGCAAAGAUUCCAUCACAACCUGGAACUGCUAAAGAUAACACAUGGGUAACAUUCAAUCUCUCACCUCCUGGUGAAAAUAUGUUGGACCUUUACAAUACAUUCAUUACGUAUAAAAUGGAAGGUCAAUUUAUUGUAGAUAAAGAAAUUGGUUCAGGUUCCAAUAAAACAAACCCACCAGGAUUUUGGAUUGGUUUCGAUGACGCUUUCUAUGCAGUUGCUGGAUAUCAAAUCCUUGCAAAUGGUCGUAUCGUAUAUUCUCAAGACAACGCAAGAGAAGAA